CAAGAAGACGCCAUGACCACGGAUACCUCAUGGCUCCUGCUGCUCGUCGCUCUCGUCGUCCCGCUCGUGGCUCUCCUCCGGCGGCGCGGUGGUGGUGGGAAGGGCGGCGGCGGCCGCGUACUCCCGCCAGGCCCGCUCGCCGUGCCUGUGCUGGGAAGCCUGCUCUGGCUGAGGCAGCCGCCGUCCGAUCUGGAGCCGCUCCUCCGGCGCCUGGUCGCGCGGUACGGCCCCGUCGUGUCGCUGCGCGUCGGCUCCCGCCUGUCCAUCUUCGUGGCCGACCGCCGCGUCGCGCACGCGGCGCUGGUGGAGCGCGGCGCCGCGCUCGCCGACCGCCCGGAGGUCGCGCGCUCGCUGCUCGGAGAGAGCGGCAACACCAUCACGCAGUCUAGCUACGGGUCCGUGUGGCGCCUCCUCCGCCGCAACCUCGUCGCCGAGACGCUGCACCCGUCGCGCGUCCGUCUCUUCGCGCCCGCUCGCUCCUGGGUUCGCCGCGUGCUCGUCGAGAAGCUCGCGGUCGAGAGCUCAGGCGUGUUGGAGACGUUCCGGUACGCCAUGUUCUGCCUCCUCGUCCUCAUGUGCUUCGGCGAGAGGCUCGACGAGGUCGCGGUGCGCGCCGUCGGCGCCGCGCAGCGCGACUGGCUCAUGUACGUCGCGAGGAAGACGAGCGUCUUCGCGUUCUACCCGAUGAUCACCAAGCACCUCUUCCGCGGGCGCCUCCAGAUGGGCCUCGCCCUGCGUCGGCGGCAGAAGGAGCUCUUCCUACCUCUCAUCAACGCCCGGCGAGCGCGCAAGAACAGAACCCAGCAUGCCGGCGGUCCACCGGCACCGGACAAGGACACGACGUUCGAGCACUCGUACGUGGACACGCUGCUCGACAUAAGGCUUCCCGACGACGCCGGCGACCGCGCGCUCACCGACGACGAGAUGGUCAACCUCUGCUCCGAGUUCCUCAACGCUGGCACCGACACGACGUCCACCGCGCUGCAAUGGAUCAUGGCCGAGCUGGUCAAGAACCCAUCCAUCCAGUCAAAGCUCUACGCGGAGAUCGAGGCCACGAUUAGCAACAACGGCGACGAGGUCACCGACAUGGACACCCACAACAUGCCGUACCUGAAGGCCGUCGUCCUCGAGGGUCUCCGGAGGCAUCCGCCGGCCCACUUCGUGCUAGCGCACAAAGCGGCGGAGGACAUGGAGGUCGGCGGGUACCUCAUCCCCAAGGGCGCGACGGUGAACUUCAUGGUGGCCGAGAUGGGCAGGGACGAGAGGGAGUGGGAGAAGCCAAUGGAGUUCAUCCCGGAGCGGUUCCUUCCCGGCGGCGACGGCGAGGGCGUGGACGUGACCGGCAGCAAGGGGAUCCGAAUGAUGCCGUUCGGCGCCGGGCGGCGGAUCUGCGCCGGGCUCGGCGUCGCCUUGCUGCACCUGGAGUACUUCGUGGCGAACCUGGUCAAGGAGUUCGAGUGGAAGGAGGUGGCCGGCGACGAGGUGGACUUCGCCGAGAAGGGCGAGUUCACCACCGUCAUGGCGAAGCCGCUCCGCGCUCAGCUAAUUAAACGCGCUUAGCAUUCUUUCUUUUUCUGACCAUAAAAAGAUGUCGUUUUAUUAGCUUUUUAUAGUAGUUACGGAGUAUUAAAAGCGUAGUCUGUCCAAAUUAAUCUCCUGGGCCAAAUUUGUUCAUAUGUGCUCAUAAAACGGGCCCAAUCCAAUACGAGCUCGGCCCAUCUAAAUCCGUGCAAGCUGCUGCUUUUGCAUACAGAA